AUGUCUCUCCCGGAGAAGCAGUGGGCCCAGGUCGCCGAGCAGAAAAGCGGCCCGCUCAGCUACAAGGAUACCCCCGUCCCCAGGCCGGGUCCGGAUGAGAUUCUGGUCAAGAUCCGCUACUCGGGGGUCUACCAUACUGACCUCCACGCCCUCAGGGGUGACUGGCCUAUCCUAGUGAAGAUGCCCUUCGUAAGGUGGCUAAAUGGGUCUUGCAUGGCCUGCGAGUUUUGCAAGCAAUCCGACGAAUCGCUCUGCCCCGACACUUCUUUGUCCGGCUACAUCGUCGAUGGAACCUUUCAACGGUCCUGCAUGGCUAAAGCAGCCCAUGCCUCCAACCUUCCCAAGAAUGGCCCUCUCGACGCCGUCGCCCCGAUUUUGUGCUCGGGCCUCACUGUUUACAAGGACCUGAAAGAGUCGGGGAUCCGCCCGGACCGUCGCGGAGAAGCCAUUCCGGCAAGCCAUCGAGGCAGCUACGUCGGGAAUCCCCAGGACGGCGUGGAAGCAGUGGACUUCUUUGCACCUGGUCUGAUCAAGGCGCAAUUCAAGACGGCUCCUCUGAAGGAUCUUCCCUGUAUGUUUGAGAUGAUGAAACAAGGCAAGAUCACUGGUUGUUACGUCCUCGACAUACCCCAGUACAACCGGAAGGAGCGCCUACGGUGUUCAUUUCGGCAUUGGGUUUUCAUGCAUGGCAUUAUCCCUCCUUUUCAAUUUAUCAACAUAUUCUCCGGCACUGUAGCUGUAAUUAUUGAUGAAUGA